AUGGCCAUAAGGCGAAUGAUCGCGUGGCGAGGCUGCCCGACUGAAAUAUGGUCAGACAACGGCACCAACCUGAAGGCAGCCGAUAAGGAUUUACGACAGGCGGUCGACGCAGCGACCGCAGAAGAAGCAGCGAAUAGGACUAUCUCCUGGCGCUACAUCCCACCUGGAGCUCCAUUUAUGGGCGGAGCCUGGGAGCGAUUGGUUCGCUCCGUCAAGACCGCUCUCAUCGCGACGUUACACGAACGUCAUCCGACAGAGGAAGUCCUCAUGACACAACUGGUAGAAGUGGAAUACACCGUCAACAGCCGCCCGCUGACUCACGUCUCAGUCAGUUCAGACGAUCCCGAAGCUCUCACUCCUAACCACUUCUUGUUGGGAGGACCGGGACGAGUACUACAGCCAGGCACUUUCACCGAACAAGACGCCCUCUUACGGUCAAGUUGGCGAGCUGCGCAGAGGCUAGCCGACAUCUUCUGGCUACGCUGGGUGAAGGAGUACCUCCCUGAGCUCCAACACCGGCGGGAGCCCCACGGACGAGGCCAAGCAGCACGCGUCGACGACCUCGUACAGAUCGUCGAUCCCAACCUGCCCCGCAACGUGUGGAUACGAGGAAGAGUCAUCGCUACAUAUCCGGGUCCCGACAACAUCGUGCGGACGGUGGACGUGCUGACCAAGGGUGGUGUCCUACGCCGGCCAGUGAGGAAGCUUGUAAUCCUGCCUCUAUCUACGGACGUCGAACCCGCACCGAAAGCUGAUGCGACGCGAUCGCACGGCGGGAGUGAUGUGCGGGACAAGUGA